UUUAAAAUGGUUGAAAACCCCCUUGUUCUAACCUUCUUCCCAAGAUGUCCAGCUCUACCUUCCUCUUUCGCAAUCUCGGCAAUCUCGGCCUCGGCUACGCGAUCGCCAUCGCUCUCUGCUUCCUCGUCCUCCUCUCCACUCUCCUCCUCGCCUCCUACGUCUGCUGCCGCUCCCGCCCUCCUGUUCUCCCCCGCCACGCCCCCUCCCUCCCCAGCAUCAUCUUCGUCACCGACGACGACGAUGACGAUGGCCCCCCAGACCGAUCUCCAAGCCCCUCCCGCGGUCUUGAUCCGGCGAUCAUCAAUUCAUACCCUAAAUUCGCUUUCUCCGAUGAGAAAGGUGGAGAGGCGGCGUGCGCUAUUUGUUUGGGGGAGUAUAAGGUUGGGGAGGCGCUGAGGAUGAUGCCGGAGUGCCGGCAUUACUUCCAUGUUCCUUGCCUUGAUGCUUGGCUUAGGUUAAACGCUUCUUGCCCUGUUUGCCGAUCAUCUCCGAUGCCGACGCCGAUCCCUACACCGCUAUCGGAGCUCGUGCCGCUCUCUCAGUUCCCCGCCGGACGCCGCCAGAGCUGAUUCUGAGUUAUGGAUCAUAUCUCACUGUAAAUUAUUAGUUUGGUUUCUUUGUUACUUAUCUUUUUUUUUUAUUUA